CUCAAACCAUAUGCGCUGUCCGCAUUCUGCCUGAAACGCCUCCUAGACGGAUGCCGUUCACCAUUAGCAUUGGACUUGUGGCCAAGUCUGAUGUGUGGAGAUGGUUGGGCUGGUGUGAGCCACACGUCUACAAUGGUCCACACGAUGUCCAACCAAUCCGCGUGUUCCCACACUGGUAUUGAUCGACCGAAUACUGUGAUGACCCCGGACCUUCUCACUCUGAUCUACAAGACGAGUGAUAUGCGUAUUCGUAAGGUAUUGAUGGGUUGCCAUGGGUUUUGCUACAAAUGA